CCUGACAAGUUAUCUCCUGUGGAAAAUUCUUGGAAGAUCUUUGAAGAAUACCACAUAGAUGAAGAUGUGGGCUUUGCUCUGCCCAAUCCACUGGUAAGAGAGGGCACUGAAAUCUGGGCAUAAAUAUUUUCUUAUCAUGAUUUACCUGGACAAGUUAACUUCUAUUGAACAAAUGUGGUUCAGUAAUUUCUCCUGAACAAGUGGAUAAAGCAGUACCAAAAUUGGAGGCAGAGUUUGAAAAAAGGGGUCUCAAUGUUCUUAAAAUUUUCUACCUAGAAACUUAGCCUUAGAGGCACUUCUUAAUUAUCUUACAUAGGCACAGAGUGUGAUGAGUUAAGGAGACUACAGAAGUAUUUUGGUUUAAGGCAAUUGCAUUUAAGGGGGUAUUUUGAAAAAAAAAAAAAAAAAAAAAAAAGUAAUAAAUGACCCAUGAGUCAAAGAACCCCCUUUCUCAGCUGAUAUACCUUAGAUUGUAUAAAGUAUGUGUUCCUGCUUUGAUAAUGUUUUUGAGGUGGGGCACCAAGCAGCUUUGUGUUGUAUUAAUAUUUAUCUUUUUUUUUUUUUUUUUGCGGUACGCGGGCCUCUCACUGCUGUGGCCUCUCCCGUUGCGGAGCACGGGCUCCGGACGCACAGGCUCAGCGGCCAUGGCUCACGGGCCCAGUCGCUCCGCAGCAUGUGGGAUCCUCCCGGACCGGGGCACGAACCCGUGGCCCCUGCAUCGGCAAGCGGACUCCCAACCACUGCGCCACGAGGGAAGCCCUGUGUUGUAUUAAUAUUGCUCGGUGUUUACUGAGCCUAAGAUUCAGGCUUAGAGAGAAUUGGAACUACCUUUUUAUUUCCACAAGUUUUGCCUACAAAGGGCAAGGCAUUAGAGUGAAUGUGUGCCUUAAAACUACAUUUUCCUAAGUUAUCUUCCCAAGAGUGUCAUGAAAAGCAUCUUAUCAUUAAUAUAGUAAUCAUCAAACACUUACAUCGCAUUUUUUUUAGCAAAUUUACAAAUGUUAACUUACUCCAUCUUUACAAUCAUCCUGGAAGGGAUUCAUGAAUCAGGCAGCAUCCUAACCAGCAGAAAGAAAGGGGGUCUCAGGAGCUGCACAAAAAUGAAAGACUUCUCUAGGCAGAAGAGAGCAGGAACAAGGAAGUUACACCAGCAAAAAGUGGAUUGGUGUGUCAAGGUCAUGUUCCUUUAGGGAAUGGCAGCAACCUAUGAGCAGAUGACCUCACUACUUAUUGGCCAGGAGGAGCUACCUCACCCUUAUGAUGCCUGGAUUUCCAUAGCUAAAAAUCUGCCUGAACUGAUUAAGAACGGCCAACUACGUGCAGAAGUUGAGAAGUUAACAACCUUCAGCAUUGACGGCCUCCAAGGACACAAGUCACAGCGCCUUGCACAUCUGGCUCUGGGGUAUAUCACCAUGGCGUACGUGUGGGGUGAAGGUGAUGGAGAUGUCCGGAAGGUCUUGCCAAGCAAUAUUGCUGUUCCUUACUGCAAGUUAUCUGAGAAGCUAGGACUGCCCCCUAUUCUGGUUUAUGCAGAUUGUGUCUUGGCAAACUGGAAGAAAAAGGAUCCCAGUGGGCCCAUGACUUAUGAGAACAUGGACAUCCUAUUCUCGUUUCCUGGCGGGGACUGUGGUAAAGGGUUCUUCCUGGUCUCUCUGGUGGUGGAAACAGCAGCUGCUUCUGCAAUCAAAGUGAUCCCCAUGAUUUUUAAUGCAAUACAACGUGAAGACCCAGACACUUUGCAAAAGGCAUUGCUUGAUAUAGCUUCUUGUCUGCACAAAGUCUUAGAACUGUUUCACCAAAUUCAUGAAUAUGUGGACCCAAACCUAUUUUUCAAUGUUCUUCGCAUAUACUUGUCUGGUUGGAAAGGCAACCCUUUGCUGUCAGAGGGUCUGCUGUAUGAAGGUGUCUGGAACACCCCAAAGAAGUUCGCCGGGGGCAGUGCAGCCCAAAGCAGCAUCUUUCAGUGUUUCGAUAUUCUGCUGGGUAUUCAGCAUACUGUUGGUGGAGUUCCUUUAGACUCUGCUGCUAAAUUCCUCCAGGAAAUGAGAACAUACAUGCCAUCAGCUCACCAGAACUUUCUUCGCUUGUUAGAGUCAGGCCCCUCGGUCCGUAAGUUUGUCCUUUCAAAAGGUGACGCUACCCUGCAGGAAAUUUAUAAUGAAUGUGUGCAAGCUAUGGUCUCUCUGAGAAGCUACCAUUUGCAAAUAGUAACUAAGUACAUUGUGAUUCCUGCACAUCAGUCAUCCAAGAAAAAACAAACCUCGGGAGAGCCUUCAUCAGAACCAAUCAGUAAAGGAACUGGAGGCACCGAUUUCAUGCAUUUUCUAAGGGCUGUAAAAAGUACCACUAUGAAUUCCCUGUUGAAGAAAGAUUAAUGUAAUCCAAGGAAGUGCUUAUAUUGCUACCACAUAUGGUAAUGUCACUGCCCAUUAUAUCAGAAAUAGCAUUAACAUUCAUAACUUGAGGAGAGGAAAAUAAAACUAAUGUCCAUUAAAAAAAAAACCCUGCACAUGGGUGUUUAUAGCAGCUUGAUUCAUAAUUGCCAAAACUUGGAAGCAUGAAAUAAACCAAGGUACCCAUCCUUACAGUAGAAUAUUAUUCAGGGCUAAAAAGAAAUGCGUGAUCAAGCCAUGGAAAGACCUGCAGAAACAUGACAUGCAUGUUAUUAAGUGAAAGAUGUCACUCUGAAAAGGCUACAGACUGUGUGAUUCCAACUAUGUGACAUUCUGGAAAAAGGUAAAACCAUGGAGGCAGUAAAAGGAUCAGCGAUUGCCAGGGGUUAGAGCAGAGGAAGUGAUGAACAGGAGAAGCACAGGGGAUGUUUAGGGCAGUGAAACUAUUCUGUAUGAUAGUGUAAUGGUGGAUACAUGCCAUACAUUUCCCCAAACCCAUAGAAUGUACACCGCCAGAAGUGAACGCUCAUGUAAAUUGUGAAAUUUGGAGGCUCAUAAUGUGUCAAUGUAGGUUUAUCAGUUGUAACAAGGGUACCAUUCUGGUGUGCAGAGCUGUGCGUGUGUCGGGUAGAAGAUACAUGGGGACUCUGUACUUUCUGUUUAAUUUUGCUAUGGACUAAAACUGCUCUAAGAAAAUAAAGUCUG